AUGCUCGAUGCCAACAACAACCUCUUCAUCAAGGCUCUCGACACCGAGACCACGAUAACCUCGUGGAAACAAAUCUCGAAGACGAACGAAAAGAAGGAGAAGGAGGACAGCGAGCCUCUGUCCGUGCCACCCGAGCAGCUGGAGCUCAUCCUCGCCAAGGAAAGAGCAGAGGCAGCCGCCCAGGCCAAGUCCUCCUUCCUUGCAGGCAUGUCCCACGAGAUACGAACGCCGCUGAGCGGGAUCAUCACGCUGACCACGCUGCUUUCGGAUGACGACACGCUCACGCCGUACCAGCGGGAUCUCGUCAACACCGUUCGCGCGUCGGGCACGCUGCUCCUGGGCAUCGUGAACGAUAUCUUGGACUUUAGCAAGUUGGAGGCGGGCAAGGUGUCGCUCAAGGACUUCAAUUUCGACCUCCAGGCCUGCGUGGAGAGCGUGUGCGACGUGCUGGUGCUCCAGGCGCAGAAAAAGGGCAUCGAGUUGGUCUGCUACGUAGAUACUGACAUUCCGACUUACGUCCGCGGCGAUCCGGGCCGGCUAGCGCAGGUGAUGCUCAACCUCGUGAACAACGCGAUCAAGUUCACUUCGGUGGGCGAGGUCAAGCUCGUCGUCGCUCCUGCCUAUGACCGACCGGUGAGCAAGUCGCCGUGCGGCAGACCGCGGAAGGAAACGUUCCAGCUGAGCAUCGUGGACUCGGGGGUGGGCAUAUCGCCCGAAGGCCUCUCGUCACUACGAUCGUUCCAGCCCUUCACUCAAGUCGACCAGUCCAAACGGUACGGCGGAACGGGCCUGGGCCUGGUGCUAUGCAACCGCAUCGUCACCACCAUGGGUGGCUUGAUGGAGAUCCAGAGCGAAGUGGGCCUUGGCAGUGUGUUCACUGCCUAUGUCGAUCUCGAAAUCCUGGACGACAGCGAAAGGCUCCGCUGCAUGGACGACGCAAUAACGGUGGCGGCCGUGGACAGCGCCGAGAUCGACAUCGUGCGUCUGUCGCCCCCGGGUUACGAGAGCGGCGAAGUGGACGGUGUCCGGCGCACGGAAGAGCAUCGGCUGCAGAGGGAGCGCCUCCUACAGCAGCAGCACCAGCAGCAACUCGCCAACGGGCUCGAGGGCCUGUCAUCGGGUGAGCGCGCGGCGCUGCUGGGCGUCAACAAGCGAAAGGUGAGCGUCGGCGUCAAGCUGAGCGACUGGAUCUGGGAACGAGCCUAUGAAUCGUACCGAGCGAACACGGACAGCGGCGAGUUCGUCCAGGAGUACGGAGAGGACCGGGCGGCCGGCGGCAGCGGCAGCAGCGUCACGGAGAGCGGACCACAGGGCGAUAUUUUCCCGAUGCUCCGUUUCUACUCCUCAUAUGAGGAGAUGCGACGCAGCGGGAAGAAGUUCAUCCUGCUCUGCCUCAAGAACGACUCGUUCCGCGCGAUCGUGCUGAGCUACCUGCACGCCUUCAUCGUGGAGAUGAAGAAGGCCUCCGCCCUCAACGCCGCGGCAUCGACCACGAGGAACUUGCCCUCGGGCGAGUGGGACGCCACGCCGGAGCGAAUCGACGCAUCGUCGUCGUCGUCGACCUCGUCCUACGACGAAGACGUGUCCAAGGCCAAGGAGGAACAGGUGGACGACGACCUGCUGAACAGCGGCGACGCGUUCUUGGCCCAGCAGCAGCUUGAAAACUGGGGCGUCAUCGAAGUGGAGGACAUCUACGACGACAACUUCCUUCAACUGCUCGCGCACAUGGAGGAGGGCCAGAAGAGGAGCGAGGCCGAGAGCAGCGGCUACAUGUCGAGCAGUGGUGGUGGCGACGACGCGCCGCCCGGCAAGAGCAAGGAGAGCGAGGAAGACGCGAACCCGUCAUCGACCACCAACGCGACCGCCAACUACCGGCCGCGAUUCGACGCCGUAGUGAUGGAUCUCGGGUUCUACGAACACCUGGAGGGCGAGUACGGCACGGCAGAGCGCAAGAGCUCGCCCUCGCUGCAGUACCUGCGCGGCCUGAUCUUCCAGGGCGGCUCCGGGGUGAUGGCGCGGAACUUCGACAGCCCCGGCGGGAAGCGAAGGAAGAGCAGCACCAACCAGAGGAAGCGGUCGACAGGAGGGAGCCCCACCUCGGCCAGGUGGACCACUCCGUCAUCGUCGUCUACCGCGGCAAACGGUUCCGAGACCAAUGCCUCGCCCAAGAGGCAAUGCCCCGAUGAGGCCAGGAUUCGAUUUGAGGACCGACUGAUGGAGCCGCGGCCUUUCCUCGUGCUCAUUUCGCCCUUGCUGGAGAAGACCAAGGUCGCCAACCUGUUUAAGAAUGAGAGAAUCGAUGGGUCGCUCACGACCCCCAUCAAGAAGAACGAGCUCAAGAAUGUAUUUAGGGAUCUGCUCGAUGGGACGUGGCGGCGGAUGGCAAGUCAGAGGCGAAAGAGCAGCUCCAAAGGAUCACGGAUCGAGGCCAGGAGGAGCAGCAUCGAGGAGGACGAGUUCAUCAAGCGGCUGCGUCGGCGGUUCUCUCACCAGAUGCCUCAAACACGAAAGCUCGGAUCAGGAUCGGAAUUUGACCUGUCCGAGUACCUGCAGUCGAACCAGCAACACCUCCUGUUCUCCUACGAAGAGGUGCGGCGCAAGUCCGACGAAAAGCUGCGGACCGAGCAACAGCAGCAGCAGCAGCAACAGCAGCAUCAGUACCGGGAGACCCGGAGCGGCGGGAAAGGCGAUAGGAAGCGAUGGUCGGGCGAAGUGCAGGCCCUCAAAAUACUCGGACCGCACGCGUCGCCGCAGCCACCGCACCAGCACGGCCAGAACCCGCGGCAACGUCAGGGAAGCGGCAACAACAAGCCGGGAGUCGACGACAAGAAGAAGAACAAGAACAAGCGGCCCGAUUGGCGACGAUCAGGCGAUCACAGCGACCCGCGGCCGGACUCGGGUGACGAAUCGGACGGCCAGCGGCGGGCCACGCUCGGCGAGAAUCGCUCGGUGAGCGAGGACCUCCUGACCCCCGCGGGCAUGGCCACGGCCACGCUGGUCGAGGCCGCCGAGGCGUUGCUUGACCGCAACUCGAAUCGCAACAGAGACGGUAGCCCCGAGAAGGACAACACACCAUUGAACGAGGAGACGAUCCUGCGACGACGGCAGCGCGAGGGCUCGCAUCCGCACAGGGAACGGGUGCUCGACCGACGGCUACGCAUCCUGGUCGUCGAGGAUAACCUCAUCAACCAGAAGGUCCUCACCAAGGUGUUGGACAAAUACGUCAGGGGCUGUUCCUACCACGUUGUCCACAAUGGCCAGCAGGCGGUGGAGGAAGUAACGGCCUCCAUGUUGAACGAGGGUGCUGUCAUGUACGACGUCAUCCUCAUGGACUGCAUGAUGCCGCUGAUGGACGGCUACGAGGCCACACGGUGCAUACGCGAAGUGGAAGCGCAGACCAACAAGCCGCGCAACAAGAUCCUGGCGUUCACCGCCAACGUGAUGCCGGAGGACCGCCAAAAGUGCAUCGACGCUGGCAUGGACAAGCCCCUCCUCGAGAAGCUGCGGCGAUUGGUGCCAGCCAAGAUGGAUGCGCUCGGCCUUCUCAACCCCAGCAAGUAG